AAACUCGAACAGCCAGCCUCAUCUCACCUUCUUCCCCACCUAAUAGAUUAAGAAUGAUGUUGAAGCCUUUGCUCCAAUCUCCAAACCAAGCCGCCUCCUCCCUCUUCUUCUCAUAUAGGUGGUCCUCAAGCCAUGGCAGCUCAUCGACCAAAACCCGGUCACCAUCAUCGGUUGGAAAACGAAGGGCUUCGAGGUGUGGCCGGAUUUGUUGUGAGAUAAGGGAGGCUCGGGUGGCUGUAGCUGGUACCAAGGACGCCCCGGUCCCGGUGAAGGCAUUCGUCAACGUGAAGCGCCCCAUCGGAGGGAUCUUUGCAGAGGGCAUUCGUGAUAGAAUUACUGACAUGUUCGGAAAAUCCCUCCUCCUCGAGCUCGUCAGCUCCGAGUUAGAUCCGAAAACGGGAAUAGAGAAGAAGACAGUAGCGGACUAUGCUCACAAGAUAAGCCAGGAUGAGGAUGAGGAAAAGAAUGAAAUCACGUACCAAGGCAACUUCACCCUCCCUGUCAAUUUUGGCGAUAUUGGUGCUAUUUUCGUGACCAAUGAGCAUCACAAGGAGAUGUAUCUCAAAGAUAUUGUCCUCAUAAUUGAUGAUCAGACUUGUACUAUAGAUUGCCAAUCUUGGGUGCACUCCAAGUACGAUAAUCCUGAGAAAAGAAUCUUUUUCACCAGUAAGUCCUACUUGCCAUCCCAGACCCCAAAUGGUCUUCGGAGGCUAAGAAAGAACGAACUGGAGAACCUGCGGGGGGAUGGAACAGGGGAGCGCAAGAGCUUCGAGAGGAUCUACGACUAUGACGUAUAUAACGAUCUCGGCAACCCGGACAAUAGCGAUGACUUGGCAAGGCCGGUCCUCGGCGGUAACAAAAAAUUCCCAUAUCCUAGGCGUUGUCGGACCGGACGUCCGAGGAGCAAGAAAGACCCUCUUUCAGAAUCAUGGAGUGGGAAUAAUUACAUCCCCAGGGACGAGGCUUUCUCAGAGGUGAAGCAGGCGACAUUCACAAUCAACCUCGCGCGAUCGGUAAUCCGCUCUCUUCUACCUUCAAUUGAUACAGCAGUCAUUGAUCCGAAGCUGGGCUUUCCCUACUUCACCUCCAUUGAUGCGCUGUACAACGAGGGCAUGAGGUUUCCAAAGAAGGAGGGACUCGCCUACUUCCUCACCCUCGUACCGAGGCUAGUCAAGACAAUUGCUGAGGGCACUGAACAAGUCUUACUCUUUGAGACCCCAGAAAUGAUUGACAGGGACAAGUUCGCAUGGUUUAGAGAUGAAGAGUUCGCUCGGCAAACUUUGGCAGGCCUAAAUCCCUACAGCAUUCAACUGGUUACGGAAUUUCCAAUAGUGAGCAAACUUGAUCCUGCUGUUUAUGGUCCACCAGAGUCAGCGAUCACUAAAGAACUAAUUGAACGGGAAAUAAAAGGAGUCAUGACGCUUGAAGAGGCAAUCCGACACAAGAGAUUGUUCAUGCUAGACUACCACGACCUUCUGCUACCUUACGUGCACAAGGUCAGAGAGCUAGAGGGGACCACGUUGUAUGGAUCCCGAACACUCUUCUUCCUCACGUUGGAGGGUACGUUGAGGCCUCUUGCUAUCGAGCUCACCCGACCAAAAUCCCCCACCAAGCCCCAGUGGAAGCAAGUCUUCACUCCCUGCUGGGAUGCCACCGGAGCCUGGCUGUGGAAGCUUGCGAAAGCACACGUAUUGGCCCACGACGCAGGCUAUCACCAGCUCGUCAUCCACUGGUUACGAACCCACUGCUGCACCGAACCAUACAUAAUUGCAGCAAACCGGCAACUCAGUGCGAUGCACCCAAUAUAUCGGUUGCUGCAGCCCCAUUUCAGAUACACAAUGGAGAUCAACGCAAACGCACGCGAGUCACUCAUCAACGCAGGCGGUGUCAUCGAGACAACAUUCUCUCCUAGCAAAUAUUCCACCGAGUUAAGCUCAGUUGCCUAUGACCAGCUAUGGCGAUUCGAUAUGGAGGCCUUGCCUGCCGAUCUGAUCCGGAGGGGACUGGCGGUGGAGGAUCCGACAGCAGAGUUCGGAUUAAGGCUCACGAUAGAAGACUAUCCUUUCGCCAACGAUGGCCUUCUGGUAUGGUCAGCAAUCAAGCAAUGGGUUACAGACUACGUAAACUUCUACUACCCAGAAGCAAGCCUGGUAAAGAAUGACAGCGAGCUCCAAGAAUGGUGGACCGAUGUCCGAACCAAAGGCCAUGGCGACAAGAAGGACGAGCCAUGGUGGCCGGUGCUUAACACCCCCGAUGACUUGAUCCAAGUCGUGACCACCAUCAUCUGGGUUGCCUCCGGCCACCACGCCGCGGUCAAUUUCGGGCAGUACCACUACGCUGGCUACUUCCCCAACCGCCCCAGCAUCGUCCGCAAGAACAUGCCGGUGGAGGACAAGAACGAGACCGACUUUGCCAAGUUCUUGCACAAGCCCGAGUUCGCCCUUCUCGGCUCCUUGCCCUCACAAAUUCAAGCCGCGAAGGUGAUUGCGGUGCUCGACGUGCUCUCCAGCCAUUCGCCGGACGAGGAGUACUUGGGUGGGGAGCCGGAGCUAGCAUGGAAAGACGAGCCCAAGAUCAAUGCUGCGUUCGAGAGGUUUAGAGGAAGGAUGGAGGAAAUCGUAGGGAUCAUCGAUGGACGGAAUGCCGAUACCAAGCUUAGGAACAGAUGUGGUGCCGGCAUUGUCCCAUAUGAGCUCCUCAAGCCCUUCUCCAAACCCGGGGUGACGGGAAUGGGCAUUCCGAACAGUAUAUCUAUUUGAGAUAAAACUGGAAUAUGUAAGGAAUUAACUUCUCUUCAAUAAAACACAGGUGGCUUUAUGCCUCCUCCUCUAUCAAAAAAGAGAUAACAAACUGCAGGAAGGAACUUCCUUUCAUUUCAUUAGUUUCUGCUUAUAAAA